UACGCCACCCUGCCUUUGCUCGCUCCAAGAUUGCGCGAUGACUGCCACGACCAUGGAUAAAAGGACCAGCGGCGAGGAGGGCAGCAGCAGCGGGUCGAGGCUUGCGGUCAAGGAAGCCUACAUAAAGAAGAUGCAACGCCAAAUUGCUAUGACAAAGGCAUAUGAAGCUAAUCUAGAGAGGAUCAGGGACGGUCUUGUCGGCCUCAAGAAUGAAGCAGACAUUACUAAAUUCGAACCGCCCAAAGAAAGAUUUGGCGAUGAUCUUGGCCCUUGUAAAAUUUCAGCUUCAAACUUUCACCGCAGUGUCGCCUCGAUUGCUCUGUUCCAUGACGAAGUGAUGGUAUUUGCAUGCUCGGCCACAGCUGUGCGUCUCAGGCAUGGUUACAUACAAGAUCGCCAUAAAAUAUUUGUGACCUCGGCGCGAUUCGCCCACGAAUUUAACGCUAACAGAACCAAAGAUGAUAAACUGAGGACUGCACUGGGAGGGGCAGUUAUAUGCUUUGGUCAUGAUAGAUCGGGACACUUGGCUGGUGUUAUCGUUGGAUGUUCUGAAGGCAAAACCACCUUCAUACCAACGAAGAUGCUUCAUGAAUUGUUGCAGGCUCUUGUGAUAACCAGUAAAACUUCCGUCUUCCGUGGAUAUUCGUUGCCUCAAGGUGUAAAGAGUGUCAUCCCUUCAGGAUUUAUGGUAAGAUCUACGAUUCUUCAAUCCUUGGGCUAUCCCCAGCCACCGCCACUUGUUUUUGAGCUCAAUGGGGGCUUGGCUGGUACGUUUGAACACGAUUUUGGUCAAUUUCAUUAUUGGGAAGGGUUUCCUUUCGAUUACCCUUACAGUGGUCCUGGGAAGCCUAUCUGGGAGCAACUUGGAGAACAAGUCACUGAGAAAAUGUCAAAAAGUGUUGUCUCAAUCGCUUCAUUCAAGGAACACGAGAGGUUUUUUGCAUGCACAUGCCUGCUUAUAACGUGGAGCCCCGACACGUUCGUACUUACUUCGGCCAGUUUGGUUAGGACUGGUGAUGCUCCAGACGAAAUUGAUGAGAACCUGAGGUUUGAGGUGUUUCUCCCUCCAGGACAAUGUGUGGAUGGCAUGCUGGAAUUGUAUCAUUCAAAUUACAACAUUGCUAUUUUCAGUCUCGGAAAGGAUCUCCGUGAUAUUUCUCCAGUAGAUAUUCUCAGUGCCGAGGUCGCAUGCCCACGCAAUAAGAAACUCAUGGGUUAUUGA